GUCGUUCAUGUUGACGUCACUGUAAAAAAAUAUUCACAUCGUUCGCCAAGUAACAAGUUAUUAGCGCUAACGCGAAAAGAUGACCUAUAACGGAUGCCACUUUAGCAAGUUUGAGUUCCACGAUGUCUCAUGUGCAUUACAAGUUUUUUUCAAGAACCAACUCGGUAACGGCGAUUUUUACCGAGCCGCUCAUCACCGUGAAAGAGCUAAAGAGGCACAUAAUGGCCAAGGAGAGGCUACGCUUCUCCAACCUGCUCAUCUCAAACGCCCAGACCAACGAAGAGUACACAGAUGAUGAUGUCGUCAUCCCCAGAGGGGUAUCUGUCAUUGUCAAAAGGGUCCCUGGCAGCGGACUCAUGACCCACAAAAACAUUGACCAAUCAGACAACUACGCUUCAAGGAAAGUGAAAACAGAGGCCCCUGUGGCGAUGAAGAAGAGCACGGGCAUCCCUUGUUCCUUCAUGCUGCAAGUAGACGACCCCAACGUGAAGGGAGCCAUGAUGACUACUUGUGGACAUUAUGCAAUUCCAGCAAUAGAUGCUCAGGCGUAUGCCGCCACCAAGAAGGCGGGGUCUUUAGGUGCAAAGAAGGAACCCAAGCCAGAGCACAGGGAAGAUCCUGUGCCUGUGGAACUCCAGUGUCUGAUCUGUCAUGACCUGCUUGUUGAUGCUGCCAUCAUUCCGUGCUGUGGAAACAGUUACUGUGACGACUGUAUUCGCACUACCUUGCUGGAGUCAGAAGGACACAUCUGUCCCACUUGUAACCAAUCUGAUGUCUCCCCUGACACACUGAUAGCCAAUAAAUUCCUCCGACAGGCCGUGGGUCAUUUCAAGGACAAGAAAAACAUCACCAGGACUGCAAUAAGGAAGUCGGACAGCGCCUUGCCACUCGCUGCAGUGCCGGCACCAAGCCUUGGACUGCCUACCCCUCCUCCUUUGAACAGCCAACACCAGAAAACCCUCAACCAACCGAACGCUGGCUCACAUUGCCCACAGGCAUUGUUCCUCUCCGAGGCUCAUACCGCUUUCAGACUGCCAAGCCACCAGUUAGCUUGCGUCUCCAACUCGUGCAUUCAAGCAGGAGCUUUCUCAAAAGUCAACCAGCAUCCUCCCUAUCAUCACGUACCGGGUUUCUCUGGGCCCUAUUACCAAUUUCCAUUACCCUCGGGUCAGCAGCCUCUCCACACUCACCCUCCUGGGUCCCUCGUGACCCAUAUCCCUUCCCUCCACUCACCUUUUUCCCCACCACGAUCCACUGGAGGUUCCUCUGAAUCCCAGCAGCUCUCUCCACACUUUCCUUCAUCGCCAUCUCUGUCCCCGUACCCCUACGCUCGACCAACAGCCCUGCCUAAUUGGACUCACCCAAACCCUCACGAUGCUCCCAUCCCUCCUCUUUUCACCUCUUACUCCAUCCCUCCCCUCAUCCAGAAGGAAUGGUUCCACCACCACAGACAGAGCAGGGAAAGGGCUUCUCAUUCGCAAUCCGUCUACAAACGGUCCUUUCCUUGCCAAUCCAAAACGUGUCACUCUCCAAGUCAGUGCAGACGUUCAAGCUGCAGAUUUCGUUACAGGUCAAGAUCCCCUUCCUCCUGUCCCACAGUCCCAUACACCUCCCACUCCUCAAUUUGCAAUCAUAAGCCAUCGCACUCUCCCGCCCAGUUGUUGUCAUCUCACCAUCAACAAGUACAUUCCCAUCGCAAGUCCAAAGCAGGUCACGCAAAAAAACACCUGGACCUUACUGCCAAAAAUAGGAAGAGAGAGAGAAAGCGGACUCAUAAAACACGCCAAAAAACAUAUGCAGGAGAACAAUCAAGAUGAUCAUCCCAAGCUUUCCAGUGGCUGUUCACUGCCCUUGAUUUCAAUUCGUUUUUUCCUGUUUUGUGUUGAAAGUUGUCAGUCGAGGCAUGUUGGAAUUAAAGUUCUUAAACACACCAAAAGUAGCAUAAUAAGGGAGG